AUGUCGUUCGAUAACAACUUAGAAGGCUACAACGUUGUGCGGGCCAUGUGGCUGCGGUUUUGGAACCCCUCCAAGGGCACCUUCAUCUGUCCCAUGAAGCGUUGCAAUGGAACCAUCGGCGACGACGGCAAAUUCAACGUUUGGUCGGUAUCAGUCGCAGUACAUGCAAUUGUGGAUGGUGCGCGUAUAUACCCCAACGAGCUCGGCCCGCUGAUCGAGCCAGCCAUCCAAGCAAUGUAUCGUUACAGGUCUCCCAAGUACCAUGGGUAUUGCGCAGCGGAGAAUUUUGAUGGUAAUAAGGACAUUUACUACGAUGAUGAUGCUCAAGUGGCUUCAGCAUUGAUAUGUGCCUAUGAGGUCACCGGAAAGAAAGAAUACUUAGACUCUGGCAGAGACCUUGUUCGGUUCCUCAUGGGUGGGUACAAUAAAGAUAAGAAGUCCAAGGCCCGUGGUGGAAUGAUGUGGCAUAUUGACAAAGACUAUUGCAAUGCUGUAACCACCGCAGAGUGUGCAAUAGCUGCUUUAAGAUUGCUGAAGUAUGUUCCAGAAGAGAGAAAAGUUUACUACGACUAUGCAAACGAGUGCAUCAAAUGGCAGUUAUGGAAGCUCCGGGAUAAAUCGGAUAACAUCAUCUGGGAUGGAGUUGGAAAAAACGGAGACAAAAUUGACAAAACAAAAUGGACGUACAAUACCGGCACAACGUUGAGUGCAAUUUGCAUGCUGUAUACGUACGACCACGACGAAAAAUGGGUCGAGGAGGCCAAGAAGCUGGCUGAGGCUGCUACCGAUCGAGGCCGUUCGCUGUUUUGCCGUGAUUAUGAUGAUUGGUCCAAGCGGUACUGGCGUGAUCCCUCGUACUUUAUCCAGCUUUUGAUUGAGGGUCUAGCUGAUUACCUGCUCGUUUUUGGAAAGGUAGCUCCACCUACGACUGCACAGUGCAUCCAAGACGAGAUCGUUCGUCAUCUGUCUUUUUUCAAGAAGUACAUGUAUGAUCCCAAUGAUGGGCUGUACUAUAUUCAUUUUGAGAUCAACAAAAUCAACAAGCAGAUCUACGAAAGGUAUAAGAAUGAGUUUGGCGGCAACAAGAAAUAUGAGCCCAAUGGAGAGGAGAGAUCUGGUGAUGGUGACAUGGAGAAGAGACCAAUGGCCAAAUGUUUGAUCGGAGCCGGGUCUGCUGCCAGGAUCUUUUUUCAAGGUGCGAGGAUAGCUCCAACUAUGAAUCCAAGGGACUCGUGA